AUGCAUUUUUAUUUAGCUCAAUCUUAUAUUUCUGCUCAGAAUGUUGGUCUAUUUCAAAAUACAACGAAUAAUUCAUCAUCAUCAUCAUCAUCAUCAUGGACUAAUAUAGCGUUUUCAGCAAUAACAAGAUCUAAGAAAAAAUCAUUAGUACAUCCGAAUAAUGAACAACAAGAUCAAUUAUCAUUGAAAAAGAGAAAGAAACGACGGUGCUCUCCAUUUAUUCUCGCACUAACCAGUAUUUUAUUGAUUUUCUUUCUUGGAGCUAUUAUCAUAGCCAUUGUGAUUCCACUUACUAGGAUUUCAACCACUACUGGCUCAACUCAUGUGUGUAAUACAAGUAAUUAUACGGCAUGUUCGACAGUUAUGUAUCAUAAUUUAAAUCUCUUGUAUCUUCCACCACCGGUAUGGGCACUUGUUUCAUGCUGCUAUGUGGCUCCAACAAUGAAUCAGUAUACAAUUGAAAUAGCUGUUCAAGAUGAUAGUGGAUAUUGGGCGUUAGACGAUGUAAGUGCAACACAAGGCAAUGGAGAACUUAUUUCAAAUGGUGGUUUUGAAUACAAUUGGACAAAUUGGACAUUGACUGUUUAUUCUAAUGCUACAUCAUUAACCACAAUUGACUCGGUAUCAGGAAAUCAAUUAACAGGUACUGCGUAUCUAUAUGGAGCCUCGUUGAAUGCACCUGUUUAUGUCAAACAAACAUUUUCUAUUAUUCCAGGACAAAAUUUUAUUAUUAGUUUCUGGUGGAACUAUUAUCCUUUAUUUGGUGGAGGAUUUGGAACUAGUGAAUUGACUGUAACUCUUACUUAA